CGGCGGCGCAGGCGUAGUGCGUCACCCGCGGCCUGGCUACGCGGACGGUUGAGGCGGACGCGUCUUGAGCUUGGUCGACCGUGGGGUCGGAGCUUGUUUGGGGGGGCAUGAGCCGAGGGGAAGACGCCGAGGCUAAAAGUAUUUUAUAGAGAUUGAUGGAAGCAGAAACCAAAACCCUUCCCCUGGAGAACGCAUCCAUCCUGUCAGAGGGUUCCCUGCAGGAGGGGCACCGGUUAUGGAUCGGCAACCUGGACCCCAAAAUCACAGAAUACCAUCUCCUGAAGCUCCUCCAGAAGUUUGGCACAGUAAAGCAGUUCGACUUCCUCUUCCACAAGUCAGGUGCUUUGGAGGGACAGCCUAGAGGGUACUGUUUCGUUAACUUUGAAACUAAGCAGGAAGCAGAGCAAGCCAUCCAGUGUCUCAAUGGCAAGCUGGCUCUGUCCAAGAAGCUGGUGGUGCGAUGGGCCCAUGCUCAGGUCAAGAGAUACGAUCAUAACAAGAAUGAUAAGAUCCUCCCGAUCAGCCUUGAGCCGUCCUCCAGCACUGAGCCCACUCAGUCCAACCUAAGCGUCACUGCAAAGAUAAAAGCCAUCGAAGCAAAGCUGAAGAUGAUGGCAGAAAAUCCCGAUGCCGAGUACCCAGCAGCACCUGUUUAUUCCUACUUUAAGCCACCAGACAAAAAAAGGACUACUCCUUAUUCCAGAACAGCUUGGAAAUCUCGAAGAUGAUGGUUACGAAUUACUACAGCAGCAAAAGCAUAUUGGUCUCCACACCUGAAAUCCUCUCUGCCUUUGUACUUUGUGGAUGUGACUGGUACUAUAAUGGAGCACAAUCACAUGUUAGAGUUUGGUAAAAUAACAUUUCUGGAUGUUCAUAUGGAUGUUUCUACCCUGAAGUAUGUGUGGAAUUGAGCAUCAUCCAGAAUAAACAGGAUUGUAUCCAAAAUUGUGAUUUGAACACUGGGAUGCUCGGGUUGUCUGGUUUGUUUGGAUUUGUAACUCCAGAAACACUAUCGUGUGCCAGAGAGAAAGGCAAACUAAAAAAUGUUGUUAUUUAAAUCAGGAAACUAAAUUUAUUAUUGUCUGUCUUAAAAGAAAAUAGAACAUUUUUCUGGGCUCAAGUGUCUUUACAACAUGAAAGAGACAGGGAGGGAAGCGAGAGGUGUUGAGUCAUGUUCAGAGCUGUGGUUCCAGAAUUCACUGUGGGAAUCCCUCCAACUGGACUGAAAAGGAAAAAGUUCUUGGCAAAAGGGAGCUGGUUCUUUGAGUAAGUGUUGUGGUAAUCUGUUUAAGAAUUACGCUUAUUGUUUUAAAAUCCCAAUUAGGAAAAAUAUGGCGUAUAUCUUAAAAUUGUUUGUGCCAACAAAACUGUAGAAUCAAAUUUAGAAUUUUGUACCACGAUGGAAGUUCUAUUUGGAAAUCCAACUUUUAUUCUAUAGUGAUCAUUUUUAAAAAAAAUCUAAUCCUGCCUUCUAUACCAAAUAUCGUUAGUAACAUGGGACUUUUAAAAUGUGCUUAGUUACUGCAUGAGGUUGUUUUUACAGCAUGAGAUGUUCUGUUUGGAAUUGUGUCAUGGUCAAUCUAAAUAGGAAAGGAAAAUAUCUCUGAAAAGAUAUUUUCAGAUAUAUUUUAGACGUUUCUGUAUUGAUCUCUAUCAAACAUUAUUGAUCAUUGUUUAGGGUCUGUGUAGGAGAAACGGGACUGUGUGGUGCGGGGUGAGGUGGGACGUGCAGGGCCGCCGUCCAGGGAGCAGGCACCACUCCCGCACCCGGAUGGCGCUGCCCUCGUGUUCUACGUCAUUUUUAAAGACUCGACAGACUGCAUGACUUACGGCAACAAGGAGAGAAAAAUACAUCAUGUUUAUUUGGAAGUGUGAAUUAGGAGUGUGUUCUCUUAGUUUGUGCCAUUUCGGUGCCGGGUCGACAGCUGCUUUCACUGGGUUGCACUGUUGCCUCUUUACCGGGUAAAUCUUUUUUUUUUUUUUUUUAAACCUUAGGUGCCAUUCUUAGUGAUUACAGACUUUUUUUUUUUUUUUUUUUACCAUUAUCCUUCUUAGCAAGAGGAAGCUUUCACUAUAGGAACUUAAGUCUUCCUGUGAGCCUAAAUGAAUUCAAGACACUUGAUCCAAAACAUCAGCAUAGGGAGGUUUCAGAAUUCACAGAUCGAGUUCAGAGAAUUUCUUGCCACAUUUCCCAAGGUAAAUCUUUUUAGGUAUCUUUAGGUAUUCAGUACUUUCUGCGUUUAUUAGCUCUAUCUGUGAUGCAAGUAUCUCUCCUUCCAUUUAGGGGACGGUUCAGGGGGGCGGGGGCACCAUCCCUCAUCCUUCUGGUGACUUCUUAGAGUCUAGAGUUCGCCAUUUUAUCCUCAAGUCCUCAAAGAGUUGUGUGGAAUGGGACUUAAUGCAAAAUAGUCUUCUAUUUUUAAUAGGAACUUAGAAAAUACUUGACUUUGAAUUAUCUCGAGUUGUUUCCUUUAGAAAUCAGAACUAUUUAUUUGUAUUUAAAGCAAUGUUUAUUAUUUGUACCAACCCUUAUGCCUCUGUGUGAAUAAAUGUAAGACUGUG